AUGCCGGCGGGCAUGACGAAGCAUGGCUCCCGCUCCACCAGCUCGCUGCCGCCCGAGCCCAUGGAGAUCGUACGUAGCAAGGCGUGCUCGAGGCGCGUCCGCCUCAACGUCGGGGGUCUGGCACACGAGGUGCUCUGGCGCACCCUGGACCGCCUGCCCCGCACGCGGCUGGGCAAGCUACGCGACUGCAACACGCACGACUCGCUGCUCGAGGUGUGUGACGACUACAGCCUCGACGACAACGAGUACUUCUUCGACCGCCAUCCAGGCGCCUUCACCUCCAUCCUCAACUUCUACCGCACUGGGCGGCUGCACAUGAUGGAGGAGAUGUGCGCGCUGAGCUUCAGCCAAGAGCUUGACUACUGGGGCAUCGACGAAAUCUACCUGGAGUCCUGCUGCCAAGCCCGUUACCACCAGAAGAAGGAGCAGAUGAACGAGGAGCUCAAGCGGGAGGCCGAGACCCUGCGGGAGCGAGAGGGGGAGGAGUUCGAUAACACGUGCUGCGCAGAGAAGAGGAAAAAGCUCUGGGACCUCCUGGAGAAGCCCAAUUCUUCUGUGGCUGCCAAGAUCCUUGCCAUAAUUUCCAUCAUGUUCAUCGUCCUCUCCACCAUUGCCCUGUCACUCAACACGCUGCCCGAGCUGCAGAGCCUUGACGAGUUCGGCCAGACCACAGACAACCCCCAGCUGGCCCAUGUGGAGGCCGUGUGCAUUGCAUGGUUCACCAUGGAGUACCUGCUGCGGUUCCUCUCCUCACCCAAGAAGUGGAAGUUCUUCAAGGGCCCGCUCAAUGCCAUUGACUUGUUGGCCAUCUUGCCAUACUAUGUCACCAUCUUCCUCACUGAAUCCAACAAGAGUGUGCUGCAAUUCCAGAACGUCCGUCGUGUGGUCCAGAUCUUCCGCAUCAUGCGUAUCCUCCGCAUCCUUAAGCUUGCACGCCACUCCACUGGCCUCCAGUCCUUGGGCUUCACCCUGCGGAGGAGCUACAAUGAGCUGGGCUUGCUCAUCCUCUUCCUUGCCAUGGGCAUCAUGAUCUUCUCCAGCCUUGUCUUCUUUGCUGAGAAGGAUGAGGAUGACACCAAGUUCAAAAGCAUCCCAGCCUCUUUCUGGUGGGCCACCAUCACCAUGACGACCGUUGGGUAUGGAGACAUCUACCCCAAGACUCUCCUGGGGAAGAUUGUUGGGGGGCUCUGCUGCAUUGCAGGGGUCCUGGUGAUUGCCCUUCCCAUCCCCAUCAUUGUCAAUAACUUCUCUGAGUUCUACAAGGAGCAGAAGAGGCAGGAGAAAGCAAUCAAGCGGAGAGAGGCUCUGGAGAGAGCCAAGAGGAAUGGCAGCAUUGUAUCCAUGAACAUGAAAGAUGCUUUUGCCCGGAGCAUCGAGAUGAUGGACAUCGUGGUUGAGAAAAAUGGAGACAAUAUGGGUAAGAAGGACAAAGUGCAAGAUAAUCACUUGUCUCCCAACAAAUGGAAAUGGACAAAGAGGACACUGUCUGAAACUAGCUCAAGUAAGUCCUUUGAAACCAAGGAGCAGGGAUCCCCUGAGAAGGCCAGAUCAUCUUCUAGUCCUCAGCACCUGAACGUCCAGCAGUUGGAAGACAUGUACAAUAAGAUGGCCAAGACCCAAUCUCAACCCAUCCUCAAUACCAAGGAGUCAACAACACAGAGCAAACCAAAGGAAGAACUUGAAAUGGAGAGUAUCCCCAGCCCUGUAGCCCCUCUGCCCACGCGUACAGAAGGGGUCAUUGACAUGCGAAGCAUGUCAAGCAUUGAUAGCUUCAUUAGCUGUGCCACAGACUUCCCUGAAGCCACCAGAUUCUCCCACAGCCCUUUGGCAUCACUUCCCAGCAAGACUGGGGGCAGCAUGGCCCCAGAGAUGGGCUGGCGGGGAGCUCUGGGUGCCAGUGGUGGUAGAUUUGUGGAGGCCAACCCCACCCCUGAUGCUAGCCAUCGCUCUACCUUCUUCAUUGAGAGCCCCAAGAGUUCUCUGAAGACAAACAACCCCCUGAAGCUCCGAGCACUUAAAGUCAACUUCAUGGAGGGGGAUCCCAGUCCACUAGUCCCCGUUCUGGGGUUGUACCAUGACCCUCUUAGGAACCGGGGGGGCGCUGCAGCUGCUGUCGCUGGACUGGAGUGUGCCACUCUCUUGGACAGGCCUGUACUGAGUCCAGAGUCCUCCAUCUACACCACAGCAAGUGCUAGGACGCCCCCCCGAUCACCUGAGAAACACACAGCAAUAGCAUUCAACUUCGAAGCAGGUGUCCACCAGUACAUUGAUGCGGACACAGAUGAUGAGGGGCAGGUGCUCUACAGUGUAGAUUCCAGCCCUCCCAAGAGCGUCCACGUGAGCACCAGUCCCAAGUUCAGCGUUGGGACAAGAUCAGAGAAGAACCACUUUGAAAGCUCCCCCUUACCCACCUCCCCUAAGUUCUUAAGGCAGAACUGUAUUUACUCAACAGAAGCAUUGACUGGAAAAGGCCCCAGUGGCCAGGAAAAGUGCAAACUCGAGAACCACAUCUCCCCCGAUGUCCGCGUGUUGCCGGGAGGAGGAGCCCAUGGAAGCACACGGGAUCAGAGCAUCUGAGCUACCCCACCUGCAACAGAGACUUGUGGCAAGACCUGAGAGGUGUGCCGUUCAGCUUCCCUGCCGCAGAGCUUUUCCGCACGAACUCAGAAAGGCUCUGCAAAGCCCCCAGACAGAAGCGAAACUCCAGGGGAGGCUCCCUAGGGCCUUGAGAGCCAUGAUGGGUAUGACCGAAUGAAGUCGGCCAAGCCACAGGAUGUGGCGUCUCCUUGUACCAAGUCCACUGCCCUCUUUGGGAGAUGACAUGGGCAGAACUCACAGCCACCACUACCACAUGCUGGACCUAACCAAGGCCACCUCCUCCCCACUCGUCUGUCACGGCUCUCCAUCACAGCCUCAGUGGUGGGGGGGGGCAGCAUCUUGAUCCCUCCAGGCUUCAGCUGGAGAAGGAUGCCGGAACAAGUGGCUGGGUUGACCAAUUUGGUUUUGGGUGUUACCUGGCCACCUCUAGGAACUCCUGUCCAUCACCUCCUGGAUGGAUCCCACUGUUAGAAAGCUACAGAGGAUACUCGUGUCAUGGGGAAAUUUCCGCGCCAUCAGCCGCGAUCCCAGCGCAAAACCCUUACUCAAAUGUCUUCAUUGACUUCAGUGUUCCAUAGUACCUGAGAUUUUAUUUUGAGAUAUCAUCAGG